ACCUGAUUGCAUUUCGUAAAGCCCUUGGUGCUUUCGCCGAGGUGCAAUUUGAUUCGAACGAACGAUAGCGAAAAUAUUUUUUGGGUGUUUAGUUUUUCAGUACAAAAAUUUGUUCCCUCUUUCGAUUUUUCGUUCAAUCGUUUCCAAUUUCUUCCAAAGAACAGAAACAUGGAUGCGCAAGCCAAGAAAAGAGCAUUGUUCCGCGCCAAAUUGAAUGCCCAGAAGAAGGACAAACGCAUAGAAUCCCCUCUUGUUAGGUAUAAUGAAUCUGAUCAGCCUGUUUGUCGCGUUUGUGAUGUUGUUCUGAAGUCUGAGUCGAUAUGGGAUGCACAUCAAGUUUCUCGUAAGCAUCGUGAGGCAAUAAGUAAUCUUAAAGCUAAUGCGGCUGGGUUAACUAAGCAGAACAAUGUUGAGCCGGAGAUUCCUACUAAACGGCCUAAACCUGACCAGCCUUCAGACUCACAGUUCAAAGUUCCUCAAAGUUCACAAGUGACUAAACCUCAGUCAUCAUCGGCUCUUCCACCGGAUUUUUUUGACAACAAUGAUGCGAAGAAGAUGAGAUCGGAAAAGGACUCUGUCCAUUCAGUGGACUCAGAUUUCGGUAGAAACACAGGGGCUUCUGCUCAAAGUCUGGUGUCAGACUCGGAGAAAGAUCACUUCCAUGGAAAUAAUACUACACUGUCAAAGGUUAAUCAAGCAACAAUGGAGGAUAGGAAGUCAUCAGUCAAGUCUAUGGAUGCAGAGAUCAAGCAAGACAAAGGGGCUUUGCCUGAAGGUUUUUUUGAUAACAAAGAGGCUGAUUUGCGGGCACGGGGCAUUAAGCUUGUUAAGCCAGAUGUCAAAGACGAGUACAAGGAGUUUGAGAAGUUGAUUCAAGAGGAUUUGCGGGAGGUGGAUGACCGGUUAGAAGAAGAAGAGAUUGAUGCUGCAGAAACGAUAGAAGAAGCUGAAUCUGCUGAGCAAAGAAAGUUAAAGGAGAAAGUGGAAAUGUUGAAGAAGAAGAGAUUGGAGGUAAAGGCUGCUAAAUCUGCAAAGCUUCAUAAAUCUUCAGAGGUUGUAACCAAGAAGUCUAUACAUGAAGAGUCAUCCAGUGAUGAUGAUGAGGGUGAUGAAAACUUUGCUGUUGACUGGAGAGCACAACACUUGUGAAUCACAUACUAAAUACUGUUUGUUGAAUUCCCAACAUGGAGUAUAACUUGUACAUUCAUAUCACGUUCUGGAUGCACAAUGAUUUCGAUUAACACCCUCUUGUCUAAAGUGAAGUUUGUAUUAUAAACUAUCCUAUUUCGGAAUUAUCUUUGAGCUAUUGGACACAAUGUGUUCGUCUUCAAGUUUCAUCUUGUCAUUUAUGAGAUUUCUCUUGUUUCACUUUCUUUUA